AAGUCUGAAGCAGUCAUGUCUGAAUUGGUACCAGAGCCACGGCAAAAGCCAGUAGUACCAAUGAAACCUGUCAGUAUUAAUUCCAACCUACUGGGUUACAUUGGGAUUGAUACUAUCAUAGAGCAAAUGCGGAAGAAGACCAUGAAAACUGGAUUUGACUUCAACAUCAUGGUUGUAGGCCAAAGUGGACUUGGAAAAUCAACACUGGUAAACACCCUGUUCAAAUCCCAAGUAAGCAGGAAAUCUUCAGGCUGGAACCGUGAUGAGAAGAUCCCUAAGACUGUAGAAAUCAAGGCUAUUGGGCAUGUUAUUGAAGAAUGUGGUGUCAAAAUGAAGCUGACUGUUAUUGACACCCCUGGAUUUGGUGACCAGAUCAAUAAUGAAAAUUGCUGGGAGCCCAUUGAAAAAUACAUCAAUGAGCAAUAUGAGAAAUUCCUGAAGGAAGAGGUGAAUAUUGCCAGAAAGAAACGAAUCCCAGAUACAAGAGUCCACUGUUGCCUCUACUUUAUCUCUCCCACAGGCCACUCUUUGCGACCUUUGGAUAUGGAAUUUAUGAAACAUUUGAGCAAAGUCGUAAAUAUUAUUCCAGUUAUUGCCAAGGCAGACACCAUGACUCUGGAAGAAAAGAUUGAGUUCAAACAGAGGGUCCGUAAGGAACUAGAAGUCAAUGGAAUUGAAUUUUAUCCCCAGAAAGAGUUUGAUGAAGACCUUGAAGACAAAACAGAGAAUGACAAAAUCAGGCAGGAAAGUAUGCCAUUUGCUGUGGUGGGCAGUGACAAAGAAUAUCAAGUGAAUGGGAAAAGAGUCUUAGGUAGAAAAACACCUUGGGGAGUCAUUGAAGUUGAAAAUCUCAACCAUUGUGAAUUUGCUCUACUACGAGAUUUUGUCAUUAGGACCCACCUUCAAGACCUAAAAGAAGUCACUCACAACAUCCACUAUGAAACUUACAGGGCAAAACGACUGAAUGACAAUGGGGGACUCCCCCCAGUGACCGUAGAGACAGAAGAAAAUCAUGAAAGCAAUUUGUGA